AGAUUGCUUGGAGGCUCCUCCUUGUUCGCUUUCCUCUAGGUCAAGGGUUUGUCGUAUAAUAUAGGUGAAGGAGGGAGGUGAGUGACGAAGAGUAAAGAAAACAAUACCUACCCGCCACUCUCUGCAAAAUAAAUCUCCACUGCAUAGGGUUCAAUAGGACUCAAUCUGCAGUUCCCAAAUCCCUCAGAUCCAUCAUCCCAUUCUGAAACAGAUCGAAUGGACCGUAAUUCGACAUUAAAAAUGGAGGAGGGAGAUUAUAACGUCCCAGCGGCUGCCGGAGGAACGUCGCUAAUAAAGCAGUUGGGUUCCUGCAACAAGAUGAGCAGGGACAAAGCUCUGAAGUUCCUCCUUAAGACCUGGCUUCCUUCGCAGUCCCACCUCUCUGACAGCGACAUGAAGAAACUUUGGAAAGGCCUCUUCUACUGCCUCUGGCACGCCGACAAGUCCCCUGUCCAGUCCGACCUCAUCAACCGCCUCUCAUCCCUCCUCCUCCUCCUCGAUCUGCCUCUCUCCCUCCAUUACUUGUCCGUUUUCUUAAUCACCAUGCGUCGCGAGUGGCCUGGUAUAGAUGCUCUCAGGUUAGACAAGUUCUAUAUCUUGAUUCGUCGAUUUCUCCAAUCUUGUUUCAUUUUGCUUAAGAACAACUUGUGGGAUUUGGAGCUUUUGCGUCCUCUCAUGUAUGUUUUGGAAGACAAAACUUUUUUAGCUAAUAAUAAUAAUAGUGAUAAUAAUUUCCAAGUCGGAAAUGGGGUCAACUAUCACAUUGCCUCUGUUUUUCUCGAAGAAAUCAAGCCUUUCCUUCCGGUUAGUUUGGAUGCGCUUGAUGUCAUAUUCAGGCCUUUCUUUGCGGUGAUGGGCAAGUCUAGGGACAAAGUUUUGGUGGGUAAGGUUAAAUCUAAUAUGUUCGAUGAAUUGUUGAAAACGGGGAGGACUCUGUUGGAGCAAAGAGUCCGCAAAGGAGGAGAAGAAGAAGAUGAUGAUGUUGAUUUUGGGGAUGGAAGUGGGGUGGUUGUUUUUGGGACGAUAGCGUUGACCAUGGGUUUUGCGGCUAAGUUUUAUGAUUUAGGUUCAUCCCCUGAUUGCCUUCAGGGUAACAGAAAGGUUAUUUUCACUUUGCAUGAGAAUUUUCUGAGAUUGGAGAAGGAUUUGGAGUCGUCGGGCAUUGAAAUUUUGAUUCCCCAUGUUAGUUUUGAUUAUGAAGGUGAUGUCCCAAAAUUGAUCCCUAUAGUUACUACUACCACUGCUACUACUACUGUGAUGAAAGUAACUGUGUCUGAGGUGGUGGUUAAGGAGACAGUUGAAGUUGCUCCGGAAGGUGUUAAUGCGUCUGCCAGUAAGAGUUCAAAGAAGAAUAGGAGGGCCAAAAAAGGGUUGGAUGGAAGUAAUAAAAAGGCUAAGACGAAGAAGAAUGGGCUUGCUGAUGUUAUUCAGAAAACUUGUCUUGCAGUUGAGGAGAGCGAGGACGUUACCAAUGCAAAUGGUGAUGGCUUAUGCAAUGAAACAAAUGGUAUGGGCAAUUUGAUAACUUUUAAUGCCUCUGUGAUUUCAAAUCUUCAGAUGCAGUUUGAGAAGGUUGCCUCUGAAGCUGGCUUAGAGAGUGAUACAGGUUUAUGUGAUUUGCCUAAAAAAACCAUUAAAGGUACUGUUUUUAGGAAGAGAAAGAGAUUGAGGACUAUAAAUGGGCUGGACUCUUGCGAUCCGGAAGAGUGUGGUCAAGUUAUUGCUGCAGGUGAUGCUAGUGCAAAGAGUGGUGAGAAGAGUGCUAAAAAGGUCCGGUUCUCCAUGAAAAACAACUUGGUCUGGAAGCCCCACAGUCCGUUGCCUCCCCAGAGCUUAAGAUUGCCACCCUCUGUUACUCCUAGAGGCAGUGCUCUUAAGAAGGGUUUACCUCCAGGUCCCAUUCGGGAGAUGCCGCCUCCUACAAAAAAGGUAAAGCAGAGGAAGAAGAGCCGGAAGGGAAUAAAGUCCAUCUCCCCUGCCAUCAAACGACUGCGGAAGUUGCAAAAACUUUCUAUUUGAUAGAUUUCAGGUUGUAUUUGAUGGGAAGGGGUUGCUGGAUAUACCUGCAGAAGGUAUGUUCACAUGCGAGGAUAAAGGGAUAUUGGAAGAUACAUCUUUUUCAUGUUUGGGUUGCUUUGUAUUUAUCUUCAUUUAUGCUGAUAAACAGGCAAAGGUAUCUAUCUAAUUAGGGUGCUGUUGAAGCAUAGUUUUUUGCCUUGGCAAGAGAACUUCUAUGCUGUUGAACCAAUAAAGGUUUCUCAGUGGUAUAUUCACUGAUUUCCUAAUUUUUAUUUUUAUUUUUAUUUUUGGUAUAAA